AUGGCAGUACGACAGCCUAACUUUGCGAAUGCGGCUCAGUAUUUGCAUGCAGUAGCGAACGAAGUCAACCUAAUUCCCAAUAUUCCAGCAAUCCAGCAAGGGAAUCAGGUCCUCGGGGUGCUACAACAAAUCCAGGCCAACAUUCAGCAAAUUAAAGCUGAUGUUCAGCAAAUCCGAACCAAUCUUCAGCAAGCUAGAGGUGAUAUUCAACAGGUGGAGGUUCGUCUUCAGGCUGUCGAAGGCCAACUUCAAACCCUCAAUAACCAUCACGAUUUGUUGCCUCUACGUUUAUUUAAUUCCUCACUGAGUGAAUCGGCCGAGAUCAGAUACCCGCCUGGUCUCAAUGGAGUACCAUGUGCCAGGAAUAGGUUCGAGCUUAACAGCUACACUAAGGCCAACUGUGAGGCAUUGAUUCAAAAUCUCGGUCUACAACCGGUGCCACCUGAAAACCCUGCGGAGGUCUUCAGAAAACAAACCGCAGAUCAUCUCGGAGUCCCCAUUGUUGUUUAA